UUAAACACAACAACAACAGAUUUCAUUGCAGUGAUGGCAUCAACAAUUAAAGAUGUGAGGAUUGUACUGGUGGGUAAAACUGGAUCAGGAAAGAGUGCAGCAGGAAACAAGAUACUGGGUAAAGAUGCAUUUAAGGAAAGUUGUUCCUCUAAGGCUGUUACUAGACAUUGUGAAAAAGAAGAGAUAAUAAUGGAAAAUAGAAAAAUUUCAUUGAUCGACACCCCAGGACUUUUUGGUAAAUUGAUCAGUAAUGAAGAACUGAAGUCUGAAAUAGAGAAGUGUAUAGAGAUGUCCAUUCCUGGUCCUCACGUCUUCCUGCUCAUCAUCAAAGUAGGGAGAUUCACAGAGGAGGAACAGAAGACAUUGAAGUGGAUUCAGGAGAAUUUUGGUGAAGAUGCGGCACAGUACACCAUCAUUCUGUUCACUCAUGUAGAUUUGCUGUAUGAUAAAUCAUUAGAUGAAUAUAUCGAAGAAAGUCUAGAAAUACAGGAUUUAAUUAAGAGGUGUGGGGGUAGAUAUCACGCAUUUAACAAUAGAGAUAAAAAUGAUCAAACUCCAGUAAAAGUGCUGCUGCAGAAGAUUGAUAAAAUUGGAAAUGGAAAAAAGUACUACACCAAUGAGAUUUAUAAACAAGCUCAGAGACGCAUAUUAAUGCAAAGAAGAAAAGACAUAGGACUAAAAGCACUAACAUAUGGAGGAGGAGUUUUGGCAAUAUGGGCAGUAGGUAUAGGUGUAGCAGCUGCAGCACGUGCAGGUGGUGCAGGUCCAGCAGGUGUUGCAGUUGCAACACGUGCAGGUCUAGCAGCUGCAGCUGCUGUAGCUGCUGUAGCUGCAGGAGGCAUGCCAUAACAGUGAUGGCCACAGCAGCAGCAGAAGCUACUUUAGAACUUGUAAUACGAGCAUAACACUUAAAGCAAAGCUGAUUUUUAAACAAUAACUGGCAGAUGUUUUCA